CCCCGGCCCGCCCCGCACUGUGAACGCAGCCCGGGCCUCGCGGGGAAGGGCCGCGGGCCGCAGCGGUAGGCGUGCUUCGGAGACAUGACGGAGGCGGACCUCGCCCAGAUCCCCGAUGUGGACAUCGACUCCGAUGGCGUCUUCAAGUACGUGCUGAUUCGAGUCCACGCGGCGCCGCCCUCCGGGACCCCGGCCGGAGAGAGCAAGGAGAUUGUGCGCGGCUACAAGUGGGCCGAGUACCACGCCGACAUCUACGACAAGGUAUCCGGCGAGAUGCAGAAGAAGGGCUACAGCUGCGAGUGCUUGGGAGGUGGGCGCAUCUCCCACCAGAGCCAGGACAAGAAGAUCCACGUGUAUGGCUACUCCAUGGGUUAUGGUCGUGCCCAACACUCCGUCUCCACAGAGAAAAUCAAAGCCAGGUACCCCGACUACGAGGUCACCUGGGCCGACGACGGCUACUGAGGCCCUCCUGAGGCUGCCACCUCCAGCAGCCCACUCAGAACUUUGCCCUUGAGGCCCCUCCCAAGGGGCUGGGCUGCACCCCCUAGCGCUGUGCCACCCCGGCCAGGCCUCGGAGACAGACCCAGCCUGGCAUCAGCGCCUGGAUUUACCUCUCCCACAGAAAUUAAAAGCAUUGUCAGUUCUGCUGGUCUUCA